UGCCGUGUCUGUCUAGUCCCGGGCCAGGCGCGGGCCGCGGCACAAGGGUCUCGGGCCACCCGUCUGGGGGUGCGUGCGCCGCGAUGGCCGAGGGCAGCGCCGUGUCGGACCCUCAGCACGCCGCGCGGCUGCUGCGGGCGCUCAGCUCGUUCCGCGAGGAGUCCCGCUUCUGCGACGCGCACCUGGUGCUGGACGGCGAGGAGAUCCCGGUCCAGAAGAACAUCCUCGCGGCCGCCAGCCCUUACAUCAGGACAAAGUUAAACUAUAACCCUCCAAAAGAUGAUGGCUCCACCUAUAAGAUCGAACUUGAAGGGAUAUCGGUAAUGGUUAUGAGAGAGAUCCUGGAUUACAUCUUCAGUGGGCAGAUUCGGCUGAACGAAGACACGAUCCAAGACGUGGUCCAGGCUGCCGACCUGCUUCUGCUCACCGACCUCAAAGCCCUGUGCUGCGAGUUCCUGGAAGGCUGCAUUGCCGCCGAGAACUGCAUUGGGAUCAGAGACUUUGCCCUACACUAUUGCCUGCACCAUAUCCACUACCUGGCCACUGAGUACCUAGAGACCCACUUCCGGGACGUCAGCAGCACCGAGGAGUUCCUCGAGCUGAAUCCCCAGAAGCUCAAGGAAGUUAUUUCCCUUGAGAAACUAAAUGUGGGCAAUGAGAAAUACGUGUUCGAGGCAGUGAUCCGAUGGAUAGCACAUGACAUGGAGAUUAGGAAGGUACACAUGAAGGAUGUCAUGUCGGCGCUGUGGGUUUCAGGGCUGGAUUCCAGCUACUUACGGGAACAAAUGCUGAACGAGCCCCUGGUGCGCGAAAUCGUCAAGGAAUGCAGCAACAUCCCCCUGAGCCAGCCACAGCAGGGCGAGGCCAUGCUGGCCAACUUCAAGCCCCGUGGCUACUCAGAAUGCAUCGUGACUGUGGGCGGAGAGGAAAGAGUUUCACGGAAGCCAACGGCAGCCAUGCGGUGUAUGUGCCCCCUCUACGACCCCAACAGGCAGUUGUGGAUCGAACUGGCUCCACUCACCAUUCCCAGAAUGAACCACGGAGUCCUCUCAGCAGAAGGAUUCUUAUUUGUAUUUGGAGGCCAAGAUGAAAACAAGCAGACACUGAGCUCGGGAGAAAAGUAUGACCCAGAUGCGAACACCUGGACACCACUGCCCCCAAUGAACGAGGCGAGGCACAACUUCGGAAUAGUGGAGAUAGACGGGAUGCUGUACAUCCUGGGCGGUGAGGAUGGCGACAAGGAGCUCAUCUCCAUGGAGCGCUAUGACAUCUACUCCAAGACCUGGGCCAAGCAGCCUGACCUGACCAUGGUCAGGAAGAUUGGUUGUUACGCGGCCAUGAAGAAGAAAAUCUACGCCAUGGGCGGUGGGUCCUUCGGGAAACUCUUCGAGUCUGUGGAGUGCUAUGACCCACGCACCCAGCAGUGGACAGCCAUCUGCCCACUGAAGGAGAGGAGAUUUGGAGCCGUGGCCUGUGGGGUGGCCAUGGAGCUGUAUGUGUUCGGUGGCGUGCGGAGCCGUGAGGACAUCCAGGGCGGUGAGAUGGUGACAUGCAAGUCCGAAUUCUACCACGAUGAGUUUAAGAGGUGGAUCUAUCUGAAUGACCAGAAUCUCUGCAUCCCCGCCAGUUCCUCCUUUGUCUAUGGAGCUGUGGCCAUCGGAGCCAGCAUCUAUGUCAUCGGAGACCUCGAUACCGGUACCAGUUAUGACUAUGUGCGGGAGUUCAAGCGCAGCACGGGCACCUGGCACCACACCAAGCCGCUCCUACCAUCCGACCUUCGCCGCACGGGCUGCGCGGCCCUGCGCAUUGCCAACUGCAAGCUUUUCCGCCUGCAGCUGCAGCAGGGCCUCUUCCGCAUCCGGGUGCACUCGCCGUGACCGGGAUCCGGGCUGAGGCCGCGCCUUGACCGAGCCCCGCACCCGACAGCCCGCCUCUGCACGGUACCUCCAGGGGUUCUCCACGCUGGCUUGCAAGCUUGGGCUCCCUCCCGCGCCUGUCGGGGAGAGAGAGCACGGAUGGCCGGGAGACCACCAGGGCCGAGUCCCUGUGUUGGCCGGUUCUGCAGACCCCACCACGUGGGCUGGGAAAUAAAUGUCCAGCAGUGAAGGGAAGCGGGGGUUCAGGCCACACGAAAAGGUGGGCGUUGGAGAGGCACGUGCCCGGUCCGCAGAGCCCCAGAGAUCCGCACAUGCAAGGCAGCCUAUACCAACCUGCCAGGAUCGCUUUUCUCCUGCUCACGGAAGAACUCGCUCGGCCUACCUGCCCUGCCCUGCCAGUGAAGGUCUGAGCCUGAGGGGUUAGUUUGGGCUCCCUGGCAGCUAAUUCCCAUCUCCUACCAGUGCUCUGGCCUCCGGCUUUUUGGAAACCCUCACGG